AUGAUGGAUGGGUUCAUAAAUACUAUUUGGGUAUACUGUUUCAUAUCAUAUUUGACAAUAUCUAACAUACUAAUUCAUGGUUGUGAAACAAAUUAUAUGAUCCAAAAAUUUUCCAAGUUUGGAGACGAACUAACACUAACUGAAAACGAUCGCAUAUUUAUCCAGAAGCUUCGGAGAUCCUCUUGGCAAAAAUGUCCCAAAUUAUCCCCUUAUUUCAAAUCUUAUAUCGCCCAAAAUUGGCAUAGAUUGUCUAGAAAGAUGCAGAUAACUAGCGCCAAAAUGUAUUUCUACCUCAAAAACUUUAUAUCAAAUGAAACUAUUACCUUUAACGCAUAUAUAGCCGUAUGUGCUGAAUGGGUUUUCUUUGUAUACCUGGCAUUGCGGAUAAUAACUGUUGGCAUAAUGAUGCCCAUAGAAGCGGUAGCUCGGUUUGCGUUCAUUUUUUCCUCCUUAUCAACAUAUUCUCCAGCUGCGAGCCGUUUUUCAACUUAA